UUUCCGUUACCACACCAUUAUGGAAAUGGGGAGACAGGAGGAGCAUGAUUGAAAGAAGUUUUGUCCUGAAACAUCCUGCAAUAACUUAGUGACAACUUCUAGUUUACAAGAAGUCUACUUAGCACACACACUUGGACAAAGUGGCAAUUCUUUUGGCAAACCUUAUGCGCUUUUCAUUUAACAAUAUCACACAACCCCGCUUGCCAGUCGUCGACGGCCUAGUGACAGGCCUAUUUUGUCUAGGAGCUACAGCUUGCCCGCGUCACAAGAUUCGAAAAAUAAUAUUAAAGAGACUUGAAGUGUAAGAAAACGCUGCAUUGAACCGGCCAAUUCUCAUCUACAAAUUUUAGCGUGGCUAUCUAAAUCUUAAAUUGGCUUUUCGUACUCAAAACUUCUGAUGACAUUGGAACUUUAGUGAGCCGUGUAUUAGUCCAAGUCGUUCAGAAGCAGGCACAAAUGGCUGGCCAAAAUCCUAGAGGUUUGAGAACAACAAACCUAGAUCAAAUAUGGGAUGAUCUGAAGGAAGGGAUUCAGCAAAUCUACUUGACACAAGACAUGGGGAAAGCGAAAUACAUGCAAUUAUACACCCAUGUUUACAACUAUUGCACAAGUGUGAACAAUCAAGGUGCUGCUGGAAAACUUCACAAGAAGAAAGGAGGACAAACAGGAGCUCAAUUUGUGGGAAUUGAGUUGUACAAACGCUUGAAAGAUUUUAUGAAAAACUAUCUGGCAAAUUUACUUAAGCAAGGGCAAGACUUAAUGAAUGAAUCAGUGCUGACAUUUUACACACAACAAUGGGAAGGAUAUGAAUUCUCAAGCAAAGUUCUUGAUGGUAUAUGUGGAUAUCUCAACCGACACUGGGUCAGACGAGAAUGUGAUGAGGGGCGGAAGGGUGUCUACAAGAUAUACUCUCUUGCUCUAGUCACGUGGCGAGAAGUUCUAUUCAAGGUUCUUCAUACAAAGGUAACCAACGCUGUAUUGAAUCUGAUUGCACGUGAGCGGAACGGUGAAACUAUAAGCACAAGAUUGGUUUCUGCAGUCAUCGACAGUUUUGUUCACCUUGGGAUAAACGAGGAUGAGUCUGGCCUAACAGGAGGCCCAUCACUGUCAGUAUACCGGAGCUCGUUUGAAACGGUGUUCCUGCAGACCACGGAGGAGUAUUACAGUCAAGAAAGUAUGCAGUUCCUCUCGGAAAAUCCCGCGACAGAAUACAUGAAAAAGGCUGAAGCUCGACUGAAAGAGGAGCAAAACAGAGUCCAACUAUAUCUUCAUCCGAGCACAGAAAGCGAACUCGCCAAGCGAUGUGAACAAGUGUUAAUACAGAAACAUCUAGAAACGUUUUAUACAGAGUUUAAAAAUCUGCUAGAAGAUGAUAAAGACGAUGACCUUGGUAGAAUGUAUAGUUUAGUUCAUCGGAUACCCCAUGGCCUUGACAACUUGAAAGAACUUCUUGAAGAGCACAUACAUUCAGAAGGAUUGAAGGCCUUAGCGAAAUGUGUGGAUACUGCUGUAAACGACCCGAGAUUGUACGUUCGGACCAUUUUAAAUGUUCAUACGAAAUACAACAAUUUAGUUUCAACCGCGUUCAAAAAUGACUCUGGUUUCGUGGCAGCCCUUGACAAGGCUUGCAGACGAUGCAUAAAUGCAAACGCUGUCACGAAGCAAGUAGGCUCUUCUUCAAAGUCACCAGAACUGUUGGCUCGAUACUGUGAUUCUGUUCUUAAGAAAAGUGCGAAGAAUCCAGAAGAAACAGAGCUUGAGGAUAUACUGAACUCAGUGAUGGUAGUUUUUAAGUACAUAGAAGACAAGGAUGUAUUUCAAAAGUUUUAUUCGCGUAUGUUGGCAAAAAGGCUUGUACACCAGAAUUCUGCAUCCGAUGAUGCCGAAGCUAGUAUGAUUUCCAAGCUAAAGCAACUGUGCGGGUUUGAGUAUACUGGUAAGCUGCAAAGAAUGUUUCAAGACAUGAAUGUCAGUAGAGAUUUAAAUGAUAGUUUUAAAAAGCAUUUGGCGAAAACAGAGAUGUUGGAUAUCGAUUUCAGCGUCCAAGUGUUGAGCUCCAGUUCUUGGCCAUUUCAGCAAGGAACCACUUUUAACUUACCGGUAGAGCUUGAAAAAAGCUACCAACGGUUCACUACAUUUUAUGGCGCAUCAUACAAUGGAAGAAAGUUACAUUGGCUUUAUCUUCAAUCAAAGGGGGAACUUGUAACAAACUGCUUCAAAAACCGUUACACAUUGCAGGCAUCAACUUACCAGGUUUCUGUGCUGUUGAUGUACAAUCAUGCUGACAGUUAUACAGUCGAACAAAUUCAAGAGAAUACGCAAAUGAAGAUGGACACUCUUACCCAAGUUCUUACGAUUCUUUUGAAAGUUCGUCUUUUGGUUUGUGAUGAACUAACAAUGGGUGAUGAAUCUUCUAACAUCGAGCCUAAGUCAGUCAUUCGCCUCUUUAAGGAAUAUAAAAAUAAAAAACUUCGUGUCAACAUAAAUGUACCAAUGAAAACGGAACAAAGGCAAGAAGAAGAACAGACCCAUAGAAACAUCGAGGAAGAUAGGAAACUCCUAAUUCAGGCUUGUAUUGUCCGUAUUAUGAAAAUGAGGAAAAUGAUGAAACAUCAGAAUUUGCUGACAGAAGUUUUGAAUCAGCUUUCUUCGAGGUUCAAGCCACGAAUACCCGUCAUAAAGAAAUGCAUCGACAUUUUAAUUGAAAAGGAAUACCUAGACAGGGUGGAAGGAGAGAAGGACACUUACCAAUACCUGGCAUGAGUUCCGCUUGGAAUUCGCACGUGGCAGGCAUUAACUUGCCGUUCUUCUACGUUAGUUCCAGCUGAAACGAAGAAAGAUGGCUGUCCAUAUGUUGUACGCUAGCUUUCGUUGUUGCAGGAGCUUUAGCAUUUCUGAUGAUUAUGGCCGCGCAAGACAUGCUACUUCAACUCAUGCAACUUUUAUUAAACAGGAAGUGUUUUUGAAUUUCCGACAAACGUCACCUUUUGUGCACAGUGAGAAUGUUUCAAAUGAAAGAUUUGAUUUGGGUACACCUUUUCCAAAUGUCUAAGAAUGUCUACAAUUGGGUGUCUGUAAAUUCUCUGUAAAUUUAUCUUUGGCAUAAAAUUCUGUCCCAACCCCCUUUCUACUGGCCAUAGGCAAUGUUAAAACAUUUCACGGUAACAAUCCCAGCCAAUCAAACAAAUCUUAAUCGAUAACCGCGACCCCUUCUUUCUCUAUGAAUUGAUAUCCAUGCUAAAAAUUGUGCCCAGACGUUUGUUUUGUCAAUAUUUCCAAAUUUCUUUGUCAAGCUAUUAAAGUCAUAAAAUACGUUUAUAUGUUCAUUAGCAGUUAAAUCGUGCAAUUUUAUUUCGUGUUUUUGUGAGUCAAAAACUCAACCAGAGAGUGUCCUCAAACUUACAUUGAGAGGAAAGGGAAAUUUUGGAAAGCUUAUUCUCAAUCACAGAAUUUUUAAAUGUCCUUUUACUGAAGUUUGUUUUGCCUUUUUGGAUAUUUGUAUUAGGCUUCUGUAACAGAGUUGUCAAUCGAAUAAAAGGAAUAAUGCGGCAAAAAAGAAUGUAUAUUGUUUCAAAAGAAAUGAAAACGCUCGCUUGCUUAACUAGAACAUAACCGCCACAAUUCACGUUGGUGCAACCUAUUUUUGACUGCUCUAAAGCUUAGCUUACAUUUUGCCCACUUCUUACCAAUUUCAACCAUAUGGCUCAAACAACGAUAAAUUAAUUUGGUUUUUUGAUAAAAAGUAUUAUAGCAUUCAGCAAUCAACGAUUAAGCUGUGAAGUUCAGCUUGAAGUUCCAGAAUUUGUUGUUGUAUCUGAACACUACCCUUUCUGCAAAAUUGAUUGUUUUCUUAAUGCUCGGCCCCCAUUGUGAAGAUACUCGUGCAGUUUUUUUCUUCAUUUCGUUUCAUCUUUAGUGGCGUUUUAUCAUGGAUAUGGAUAUGGUUAGGCAUAAAUACGAACUGCAGACGAAAAUUGUUUCAGCCAAUUAUUAUCUUGUUCUCAUCUUCAAAGUGGGCCUAUUGAAAAAAUCUCCUUUAGCGACCAUCCCCUUACUGUAUAUAGCAGGGCUCCCUAGCUGGAAUCUCCUGUCGUGACCUAAGCCCCUAUCUUUUCGCAUAUUUUUAACUGAAAAGUAUCAAUUUCUAUCAAGGUGUUAUUAUGUCUGUUCUACCUUUUUGAAUUCACUUCUUUAGUUGAUAUUUAAAAUGUUUUAUUAAUAAAUCAUAAGUAAGCAUAUAAAAUUGGUAGUUUCAAGUUUUGUUUAGUCGCAGUUGAAAGUUCGAUGAAAGAUUUUGCAAAGGUGUGAAUGAUGGAAAAUUCUGUUACUAAACAGUUCA